AUUUGACGGAUUGUUUUGUUGCGCUGUUUUGGUAAGCGUUGUAUUUGUGAGUGCUCGAGGAGCGUUCGAGUUGAUUUUGAUCGAGCGCUACUCCAUCACGAAUUAGCCAAGAGUCCCCAUGCCACUGGAUCUUCCGCUCUAUUACGGUAAGAAACGUUUUCCCCGGCGUGUUGAACGUGUUCUGUCCGUGCUGACUGCGAAAUUUACGGUUUAACAUCCUAAAAUUGCCGGUCGGUUCCGUAAUGUUGUAUGUCAUAAAUCAUUGAAGAAGGAGGUCAUAACAGUUUUCAACGAGUCCUGCAGCCAGCCACGCUGGGUACAUUUCACUAAAUUUGUUUAGGUUUCAGUGGCGCUUGUUUGUAAGUGAUCUACCAGCAAGUCAGUUACAAAGAUUUCACCAUGUCGUUUCUUUUUUCCUUCUUUGUCAAUGUUGACAACAGUAAGGAAACUAAAUUGCACUUAGUGAAUAAGUUCAAAAAUAUUACUUUUUAUUUAUCUACAUAUAUUUAAGUUUCUUCUUUUGUUAUUGUUCGCAGAAAUUUCUUUAACUUCAAAUUUCGGGCAAAUGGUUCAGCGAAAGGUGGUGGUUUAUCUUUUACUGUUAUUUUCUUCAGUUUUGCCACCGAAAAGAUUAUCAUUGUCCUUGGGCGCAUAAAAGGGAGAAUUUUUGUCAGUCCAAUUUAAUUCCCUAGUGGAAAGAUAUGUUCCCUAUCUCAAAAUGUCUUCUUUUAGAGUAUUAGGUGACAGUAUUUUCUUUCCAAUGUGAUCUUCUUUCGUUAUCAGAUUUAUUUUCACUAUACAUGAGAUAACCUUCAAUAUCGAAAAGCAGUAUUGCAGCUUUUAACGAUAAGAUUUUGCCGACAUCCUGCCGAGAUGAAAACAAAAGCUUAAAAGAAAAAUCAUUUCGCAAGUCGCUGCGAAUUUUCUGUUUGUUCUAGCUUCCGAAUAUAUUUAACUUCCCAAAAAACAUUUUUCUUCCCGUGUAUACAAGAUUGGGUUAUCUCUUAUCGAGAUUCUGUCUUGUGACGCAAUUAUGUCUAUAUUAAUCAAAGCAAAUGGAAAAUGUAGCAUAAUCAACUUCAUUUGAUGUGAUUUUGACGUUAAAUACGAAAUGACACGAUUAAGGAAAAGUCAAUUUACUUUGCUUUUGGAUAAGAAAGGGGGAAAUUUAGAGGAAAAGAUUUAGACCAGAGGAUUUUGGCAAAUAAAAACUCUAAUGGACACGGAGAUUUCCAUUAAAACUGAAUUUUUUACAUGACAGGAAUUUGUGAAAAAAACAUUUUUUUGUGUGGAUAAUUUUCAUACAUGGUGGUAAUCAAAGUGUUGCUAGUAUCUUGUUUGUGAUAAGAAGAUCUCACCUUUAGUUCAAUAAAGAGAGGAAAAAUUCAUAACACGGAAAAAAUUAUUUUGAACUUAACGUGUGCUUCCAUUCGCAUACUAUGCAUAUUGUGAUUGGCCAAUUUUAUAGGCUUGACUCGAUUUGAAAUGGUUUCCAUUUCGUUUCAAUGUAAAUAUAUCAUUACCUUCGUCAAUUCGGACCGCCCUCUAAUAGUACAUCUCACUUUCUCCUUUUUCCAUCGGUUUUUUGUUUUUCAAACGUAAAUAUUCUGUGGCUGAAAAUCGAAAAAUAUAUCGGAUUGAACAUACUCUUAGGUCAAAUUUACGUAAAAUAUUGUUGAUAGGGAGGAAAUUUGUAACGCUUAUCAUUGAAUUCGUAUCAGUUUUACCCAUGCAUACCUGACUAGUUUUCAAUGGUUUAAAUUUUUCAAAUCUUUUGAAAAGGUAUUCAAUAACUCUCCAAAUUCUAAGCCGGAUUGAAAACAUCAUUUUUCUUUUUUGUCAUUUAUAAUAUUCUUUGUAAUACAGUUCUGAGAAUUUGUGGAUGUCCCUUGCUAAUGUUCCAUUAUUUAUCCAAAUGAAGAGUUUGUCAGUGCAUUGUUAUAAAAAAUAUAGAAUAGGGUGAUUCCUGAUAUUGAUUACUCUUAAGCCUUUAAGAUCUCUCAUCAGGCAGCAAAACAGCACUACUUGUAAAUGGUUUGUAAAGGGGCGACGUUACGAGUGUUAAUAAAGGAUCCUUUAAAGAUCAUUUCAGAUGGUGCAGGAAGUGGCCGCACUACUGAAGAGAUGGAGUUAGAUUCUAACCACAAAUAGCACUGAAAGAUAACUUCCCAGAGUACGAUAAAUCUCCUGUCUAAUCUGAUGAAUAUUUAUUUUACUUUAGUUGGACAUGAAACUGCCGAAGGGCAUUAAGAAGAUUUUCGUCUUUAAUAAGAGACAUAAAUUACUUUCACUGCACCAUCUAGUUAUCAGUUUGCCUCCGGUAAUAGCGUCAAUCCAAACUUUCUCAAACCUUAAAUUUCCAAAGCGAAUGCUGUGGCUGAAAGAAAAGCGAUCGUUCUUUUUUUUGUCCAUAACAUAAGCCAAUCGCAAUUUUAGUUUUGUAACACUUAAUCAAAUUGAAAUGAAUUUGUAAGUUGAUAGCCAUUGUUUUGAUAAGAGUUUACUCAUCUUUCCCUUCGAGUCACCUCAGCUACUCUCAAAGUGUGGAUCGUUAAUGUUUCGUUUCCUUUUUUGGCUUCCUGCCAUUGUAAUUCCUUUUAAGCACAAUUUUCCUAAUCAGAAACGAUGCUUAAUUGAAAGGAAACCUUUUUUUUUUUUUUUUUUAAACACCUCGGUGGGGGUCUUUGAAGUGAUCUAUGUUCUUAUCAGACUCAUUCCAAGCCACAACAAAUCCAAAUUACCUAUACAAUGGAGCAAUCAGCAACUUAAAUAGUUUUUCAAUCUGUGAACAGCUGGCGUAGCGGAUGAAGACAUGCUCGAUGAGUUUCUUGUGGGCAGGCGAGAACUGGACCAUGGCCAAAGCUCAACCAUGGACGUCCGGAGGUACGUACAACAUAUCUGAGAAGAUGUUGGACGAGGAUAGUCUUUCUCCUUAAAUGUAACUCUUAGGUUAAACUGUUUUAGGAGACUCCUCUGGUAAGUAAUUCAUGUGAUUGACUGUCUGACUGACUGUUUACUCCGUUAAUCGUUUGUCGGCCCAUCAUUCAAACGAUGAGACCGCAGUUAAACAAUCAGUCAUUAAGUCAACUAUCUAAUCCAUCCUUCCAUCAGUUAUUCACUGGGUCAGUCAGUCAGUCAGUCAGUCAGUCGCUAGAUAAUUAAGCAAUCAAUAAACCAUUAGCUACUUGCUGGGUAAGUGAUUGAUUGCAGAAGCGACUGUUUUGUCGAUUGAUCGGAAUAUUUACCUAUGGACUGGUGAAAUGAUUGAUUCCUGGUUUAGCUUAUCAGUUGACUGACUAAAGGAAGUUAUUUCCUGCUGUGUCGGUGGGGAGUAUAACAAGAUGAUUUGGUUCAAUCAACUUAGUUGAAAUGUACCUUGGCCACCGUAAAGAAUUGCUAAAGCUGACGUUUUGAGCGUCAGCGCAUCAUCAGUGCAAAUGGACUGACUGACACACUAAAUGACUUUUGGUUGAUUGAUUGAUGUCCAGCCAGCGUACCUGAUGAUAUUUCGUUUUUCUCUUUGAUUCCUAAAGUAGAAACGUUUUCAUGCCGUUAUCCAGAACAGGUAAAGGCUGAACUAUUUCGUCUUUAGAUAAAGGAUGAUUCUCUGUAAACUUUAGCAUUUGUAAUCGCUGAGAAAAUGGUAGCUUUGGGCUUCCAUGCUUAUGGUAAACCUUACUUAUUACAGAUUUCUCAAUGUCAAGUACCAUCAGGCUUCCGUGGGAAAAAUGAAGAAGGUUGCUGCUGUGUCAACCAUCGCCAUUAUAUUUUUUAUAGUUAUUAUAUUCACCUUUGGCUCCCCUCCAGUUAAAAAAAUUGCGAUGAAGACCUCUUCGGCUCAGUCACCAACUUCUGAAGAGUCUGGUACCAAGCAACACUUCUUCGUGCUGGCCACGAAUCCCGACAUUCCUGUCAAACUUUCUCUCAAUUGCCAUACGUGCUCUUUAGUGAGCUCUUCUGGGAUGCUGCUUGGCAGUAAUGCAGGCUCAGAAAUAGAUUCUGCCGAUUGUGUGUUCAGAUUGAACUCUGCGCCUACUCUCGGUUAUGAGAGAGACGUUGGAAGAAGAACCACUGUUCGGGUUGUCUCAGUGACAGGUUUCAAGUCUUUGAUUAGGGAUUCCUGGCAGGAAACCUUAGCUUCGUUUGAAGAUCUAGAUUACAUGAUACUGCUCGGACCGGAUGAGGCGCUGUGUAAAAAUUGUACACUUUCUAAACUGUACCAGAAAUUUGCCAAAUACCUCAAAAAUACUGGUGUUCUUCGGGUAACGCAAGAAACCUACCAGAAAGUCACACAAGAAUCAAGAAACCUUGGAAUAAAAUACGGAAGGUGGCUGAAUCUCUCCUAUUUUAGCAUUAAGAAGGCUUUCCUUCACUUGUGAUUCUCAAAUAGGAGACAAAUCAUAACGCGUGGAAGAGAAAGUUUAUAAAAAUUUGAAAAAGAUGAAAGACACCUGAGGAGAUCAGGGACCUCGGGCGUUCACCUUUAGUCACAACUGGAAAACCAGAUUUGUCCAUGCAUAACCUGAGAGGACCUUAUUUUCGAAUCAAUUCAGUCAAUUCCUCAUUUUGCAUCCAUUCUUCUGGUGGAGUUUUGAUAUGAAGGAACAAUCUUAAAAAGAAUGCCUAUUCAGUUUGGCCUCUUCAUUUAUGACCAAUAGAGCACCCUAUUUGAAAGCGCCAUAAACUUUUUAUGAUAAGCUGUCUAGAUAUGAAAAAUGUCGAAAUAGAGACUGUAUUAUCUAAAACAGGGUUUUUUGUGCUUUUCAGGCAGGACCUUCCCAUUUCUACAAGAUAUUUCACAAUGAAUCUCGUUCGUCAGUUUUGUCCCCGAAUCAGGGUAUUUGGUAUGGAAUUGGAAAACCCCUGUGAAAGGUACAUCCAUUUGGUUUUAUAGUGUUUUCCUGAGCAGCAUACGGUUUUGCAUCAGAAUUAAGAAGCUUUCCCUUGUUUUCAGUUCCCUUUUAUUGUAUCUGAAUUUGAUUAAGUGUGGUUGGAUUCCUUCUAGACAUGGAACCGUUCCUGUGUUCUACUGGCUUCCAGAUUCCUGGCAGAGCAAUUGUUUGAGUCAAGGAGAAAGAGUUCACCAACAGUUCUUAAAAGGUCUUGUAAGACUCCGACAGGAAAGACAAAUCUUUAAAUCUUGGGCUCACAAGUAUCACAUUGAGUUCUUCUAUCCUUCUCAUAUAGUUACAUGAACAAUAUGAAGUCCAACAAACAGUUUAUUUUUCAAUUAAUCCUCCAUUUAAGGAAACUAUGAAGAACGAACACAAGAUCUAAACCUCAUUCUUGCGUUCCUCUUUCCACAACCGAUCUAGCGGCGUAAACACGCAUUCUCUGUGAGAAGGGGGGGACAGCACAAGCGAUUUACAGCCAAAUAAGGGCAUGUCAGCUUGCUUUAAACCCUAUACUCCUUAGCUAUGCGCUUGAAAUUAUUUUCGACCCACUGAAUUCUUCUGGGUGACCUUCUCCGUUUUUCUGUGACACAGUAGUGUUUCUUUGCGUGAGCUUGCGUUCUAUGACGCCUAACCUUAAUUUCUGUGAAUCAGGCUGUGAUGUCGUGCCCGAGGAGCAAACUUACACCGCGGCUAUUUUAAAGGGUUGAUUUUUAACCUUAGCUUGUUCUUGAUAACCUGUUUUUAAGGACGCGUCAGAGUAAGACAGAUCAGUGCUAGAGAGUCCACCCCUGCUAUAUUUCCACUGAUAACAAUUAUGCGUUUAUGUUUCAAGCUUUUUUUUUAUGGAGACACAAAAAACUUUGGAAAGACGUUCGCUGUAUCACGUUUUUAUUGUAUAAUAUGCCUAGAUUUUCCGAAACAUGCCAUUAUGCUUUGCCAAUCCGAGUGGCUGAGAUUGUAAAAAUGUAUUGUUUUCUUUGUUCAUUUUCAAAGACGACAAACGGUGAAAUUUAACGGAAGCGUUCGUCCUUGAUAAAUGAACUUUAGUUCUUCAUUGCCUUCUUCUCGCAUCUCCUCUCAUUGUAAUAUUUUUACGAUUCUUUCUAUCAUUUGUAGUAGAUAUCAAUGAGACGUUUUCGAUAUAUCUUGCAUAAGUUACUAGAUAUUAUGUCAAUUACUUGUGCACUUGCAAUUGUUUUAUCAGUGCUACUGAAUGAAAACUCUUUCCUCU